AUGCCAUGUCAGUCUAUUUUUAUGCUUUUCAUUGGCCAGGCCCCAGAAUAAGGCGGUACAUUAUUUGUUGUUGUUGUUAGUGGGAAAAGUGGACCAGUCGACAUCUUCAACAUAGAAGGCGACUUAAAAUAUAUAAAGUGAUUGAGUUUUGGAAGUCGACAUCCUUACUGCGCUGAUUCGGCCACCUGAUAUUCGUCCAAGUGGGGAAGACAGGCGUUGUAUUUCACUGAAUCCAUCAGCACCCCAUCCAAGGUAUGCUUGGUGUUUACCACAACGACCAGUAAACCCAGUUCGCGACUGUGGGUAAGAUGUCUAGCCAGUAUCAGCGAAGUGUUCCACUGGAGGUCAGGAGAGCGGAAGGAGAGAGAGUCCGCACCAAACAUCCAGAUAAAAUCCCGAUAAUUGUGGAGAGAGCUGCAAGGUCACGGGCCCCUGAGCUUGACAAAAAGAAAUACCUUGUUCCUUCAGACCUCACAGUCGGUCAGCUCUGCUUCCUGAUCAGACAGCGGGUGUCUAUGAGACCAGAAGAAGCGCUCUUCUUUUUCGUUAAAAAUUCCCUCCCUCCAUCCAGUUCCCCCCUCUCUGCGGUGUAUGAGGAACACCAUGAAGAAGACCUGUUCCUUUACAUGACAUACAGCAAUGAGAGUGUUUACGGUGCCUGAGAUGAAGGAUGAAAGGCCUGAAGGGAAGAGACGGAGAAAGAGAGAGAGAAAGAUGAUACAUUAUUUUACCACUAUUAUCCCAUGUUCAAUACAUGGUACCUACAGGGUUCAUUGUUCAUAAGGGGGACUAAAGGGUGCUGUUUGUAUUUGUCAGUAUUCGGGGGAACUACAAUGCGAUUCAUUAAACAGAUUAUUGGCAGUAAAGCUUCGGGACUUGAGAAUUGAGAGACACUUACAAGAAAAUAAGAAAAUGUAAGGUCAAAAACAACAAUAGAGAUAAAUUUU